UCUAAAAGCCUCUAGCUGCAGAUAUCACGAUGUCGUGGAGGCCGAGAAAUUGCUCAGCUUUCAGCUUUCAAUUAGAAUCAUGUCUUUAUGCAACGGUCAGAAAUCUCCAUUUUUUGCUUCUCGAGUUCCCCGGACUCCCCGGAUUCCCCCGAAGUACCUAACUCUUAUAUAGAUUUUGUUUAGAGAACUAGUAUGCGGAGAGUCCUUACACCGGCCUCCUAUUCAUGUAAUAUAAAGGGGCUGAUAAUGACCGAGGUUCGUUGAAUCCAAUUCCAGUGCUACGCAUUUUUAUGCUUUCUUAAUAUCUGCUGCUAUUUAGGUUCGACCUGUUCUUUGUGCCACUCAAGAUCCAAUAUGGAAACCAACUUCGACGUAUUAAUUGUUGGAAUGGGCCCUGCCGGUCUUUCCGCAUGCUCUCGCCUUGGAGUCACUAACCUGAGAGUUGCCAUUGUCGACAGUGGCAAGGCCGUUUACGACCGUGAUCGGCAAGACUUCAAUGAUGCCACGAAGGGUCAUGGUGGAGCAGGGUUGUUCUCUGAUGGGAAGUUCUCGUUUUUCCCUUCGGCUUCUGAGCUAUGGUCUCUCAGGGGCGACCAACUGCGGAAAGCUUAUGAGUGGACUUGCUCCGUCCUUCAAGCUGCCGGACUUGACACCCCGCCAUUCCCUCAAAAUAUAGACCAAUAUUCGGGUCACGAACCAGGAGUAGAUGAAUGGAUCUUGAAGGCUUACCCGUCAGAUUAUUUGUCUCUAGACAGCCGUUUAAAGUUCAUCGACGGACUGGUCGCCAGCUCCAAAGCUACAAUCUUCAGCCAGACGAACAUCCGUAGUAUAUCCCACGACCAGGUUGCCGACUUAUUUCGUGUAGAAACCGAGUCCACAUCAGAAGCAGUGUCACGGCAGCUCACAGUUAGGCGGGUGAUCAUGGCCACUGGUAGAUUUGGUCCACUACAAGACUCCCUGAAGCAAUUGGCCACCGAUUUCACUUUCAGACGGUUGGAAGUGGGGUUUCGCAUCCAGCAACACAGCGACAAAGCUUUCUUUCGCGGCAUGAAACAACUGGACCCAAAAUUACGAAUCAAACAAGCUGAUGGGAGUAUCGAGUGGCGCACGUUCUGUGUCUGUCGACGGGGAGAAACUUGUCUCACUAAAACCGGUGGACUGUGGACUGUAUCUGGCAGAUCAGACUGUCCGCCUACCGGUUUAUCCAACUGCGGAUUUAACAGUCGGAUAACGGACUCGGAAAUCGCCGAAGAAACGCUGAGACCCCUAUUGGAAUCCCUUAGCAAUGCUCAGGUUCACUACAAACUCCAAGUGUCCGACGUUCUCAAAGGUGAUCCACAUGUAUUGGCGCAAUUAGACCGCGUUUACGGUCCCAAGCUUCGAGAGCUGAUGGUCAAGGGGCUCACUUCUCUUGCAAAUUCUUUUGAGGAUCUAGCCUCAGAUGUCGAUGCAGAGCUUAUUGGACCAACCUUGGAAGGCAUUGGAUGGUAUCCCAAAGUUGAUACCGGUCUGAGACUUCUCAACGCACCUGUAUGGGUAGCUGGUGAUGCCUGUGGGCUGUUUCGUGGGAUUGUUGCGGCCAUGAUCAGUGGGCAUUAUGCUGCAACAGGUGUGUUAGAGGAUCUCAACCUGAGAUAUUCAACUGUAUCUUGCGAUGUUUGCGACGGAUUGGCUUGCCAGUGUGUAUUGAAGCAAGUUGUCACAGCUUAGGUUUCAAGGAGGCCAUAUCAUUGGGGGAUGUUUAGAUUCACUUCUAACGCCACUUCUUUUCCAGUCUGGAAGGACUGCUUAUUGUCGUCUUAAUCAAG